AUGCCCAAAACACAGCGACUACGUCCAAUGCAUUUCACUCUCAUUUGGUUCAAUUCCAAGGAUCUCGAUGAUUUAAUUAUUUGUCAAUUAUUGUCGAUGUUCAAAGUCAUCUUUCCAGUCAAUAAACUUGAUCAAUGUUUAGAAUUACUUCGAUUAAUUCAUAAUGAAAAGGUCAUUUUAAUUGUUCCAAACGAAGUUCUGGAAUCGAUAGGAGCGUCGAUUCAACCGAUGUCUCACGUGGAUUCAGUUUAUAUUUAUUCCGAAGAGCAAAUCAAUCUGGAACAAUGGAAAUUGGCAAAUUCGAAACUGAAAGGUUCUUUCAGCGAUCUUUUGUCUCAAUGUCGAUUAUCACAACGAGUGUGGCAUCCAUGUCAUCUCGCUCCAAUAUCGUCGAAUGUUUUGCCAUCAAAUGCAGAGUUCAUGGAUCGAGCUUCAAAUCAACUUGAUCCAACAUAUAUGUGGACCCAAUUAUUAAAAGAAGUCAUUCUCGAAAUUGACAAUGAUUCUGAAGCUUUACAGAAAAUGUUUAAUUAUUUUCGUCAAAAAUUUGAGAACGAUUGUGUAAUGUUAGACACGAUUAUUAAGACAGAAAAGGAAUAUCGUUCGAAAACAGCAAUUACUUGGUACACAGCAGAAAUAUUUUUCUACAGCGUUCUGAAUACAGCUCUCCGUCUUCAAGAUGUUGAAAUCAUUCUUCAGUUCGGUCCUUAUCUUCGUGAUCUUCAUGAGCAAAUUAAACAAUUACAUGCGAUACAAUAUCCAGCCUCAUCAUUCAAACCGUUUACGGUUUAUCGAUGCCAAAGAAUGGGCAAAGCUGAGUUUGACAAAUUACGAACCAAUAGAGGUGGUCUAUAUUCUUUUAAUAACUUCUUAUCCACAAGUCUUGAUCUAGAUGUUGCAUCGAUAAUUGCAGACAGCAUUGCAAUGUCUACUGAUCAAAAUCUUCUAGCAAUUCAGUUCGUCAUCAAUAUCAGACAUUCUCAAAAUGAUGUUCCAUUCGCAGAUGUCAGCGAAAUUAGUCAGCACGACGAUGAACGAGAAAUUUUAUUCUCAAUGCAUACUAUCUUCCGUGUAACAGAUAUUGAACCUAUCGGUAACAAUGAUCGUAUCUGGCGUGUCGUAUUAGAAUCAACUGAUGAUAAUGAUGAUAAAUUACAGAUGUUCGCAGAAGAAUUACGCUCUCGAAUCGGUAACCCAACAAGUCAAUAUCGAAUCGCCGGUAUUUUGGUAGUAUUAGGCUAUAAUGAUCACGCUUUGAAAAUCUAUCAAGAACUUUUCCAAUCAACAAAUGACCAAGACGAACAAGCGCUUCUCCAUUUUUAUAUUGGAGAUAUUAAAUCUUGCGAGGAUCAGUAUCAAGAAGCCAUCAAUGAGUUUGAACAAGCUAUUUCAAUAUAUAAUACAGUAGCUCAAAAUGGCAAAGAAGGUCGUUUUUUUACUUCUCAUCGUGCUGCCGAAACUUACAGUGCACUAGGAUCAGUAUACGGCGAUUUGAAAAAGCUUAAUCAAGCUGCCUAUUGUCUUCACAAAGCAACAGAAAUCGAACCACUGAUCAUUAAGCAUUGGUACACUCUUACUUCUUUACUUCGAAAGGAAGGUCUACAUCAUGAAGCCUUAAAGGUUUCCAAAAUAAUAUCAAGGAUCCAAGCUAAAAAUACUCCCGAAGGUCAUCCAGACUGGAUUCGAACCUACGAUCUAAUCGGCGCUGCUCACAUAGACUUAGGUCAAAACGAAAAAGCACUUGUCUUCUACAUGAAAACUUUGCAGAUUGCUCAAAAGUUUUUCUCUUCCGAUCAUCUAAUUCAUCGUAGUACCUACAGAACCAUAGCCGAUAUUUACUCGAACAUGGGCAACUACGAGGAUGCAAAGAAAUAUUAUCACAUGGCUUUAGACAUCUAUGAAAAGUUGUCUGGUGAUGAGUCAGUGCUGGCCAAUUUUUACACUGCACUUGUCCAGUUUUAUACAAAUUAUCAACAAUGCGAGACAGCAUUAAAAUAUUUUGAAAAAUCGCUGGAAAUCAAGAAACGAAUCUUGCCUGCUGAUCACAUCGAUUUCGUAAUGAUGGAUCUUAAUCAAGCAGUGUUGUACUAUCGGUGGAAGAAAUAUGACAAAGCGGAAUCAUUGUUUCUAAUAACUUUCUAUAAAUUUCGUAGUAAUUUUUCUGGGGAUCGUUCUUGUCUGGCGGAGUGUUGCGCUCAUAUGGGCAAAAUGUGGCACGAGCUUGGAAGAGAUGAUGAGGCACUUUCAUUUUAUAAGAAUGCGCUGGAAAUUCGUCAAGUAACUCCGUUUAGUAAUUAUCAGCAACUUGCUGCAUUGUACGUCGGUAUUGCUGCUGUCUAUCACGAGAGAAAUGACUAUGGUGAAGCUCUAGCCUAUUAUGAACGUGCCAAAAGUACCAGACAACAGGUUUUAUCUAACAAUCAUCCAAUUGUUCAAGAAUUAAACGAAAAACUAGAAGAGACUGAAAUUCGUAUGUGCACAAAUUUUUAUUGA